UUUAUUUAGAUGACUUUUGCAUUCCACAUUCAAGUUAGCUAAUGCCUAUAUAACAACGCCACGUAAGAUCGACUAGUAAACUGAAUAAACAUGUGGAGGAGAAACAUAACUCAUCUGAAGACAUUUAGUGCUUUUGCAUGCAAACAGACAGUAAUCAACACAAGAAAGUUUACUUUACAUCCUUUAGCAGCGCAAUGCACAGUCAAAACUCAACCGUUGCUAAACAUUGGAGCCUCGAGCGUUCGUCACAGCAGUCAGAGAAGUGCACCGCUUACAGACCAAUUUAACGUUGAAGACAGUUCUACGGAAAAUGUUAACUCGUUUACUUAUAGGACUCACACAUGUGGGGAACUAAGAGCUUGUAAUACAGGCGAAAAAGUAUCUUUGUGUGGCUGGGUACAGUAUUUACGUCUGUCAAAGUUUCUUCUGCUACGAGACGCCUAUGGAAUUGUACAGUGUACUGUUGGCCCUGAGAAUAUAGACUUUUCUAACAUACCACUCGAGUCUGUAGUUAAAAUACAUGGCGAAGUAACUCGAAGACCACAAAAUGCAGUCAAUUCUGAAAUGUCAACUGGUGAGAUUGAGGUUAUAAUUGAUAGGUUAGAAGUUUUAAACAUGGCCGAGAACCUUCCGUUUAAUUUAAGAGAAUAUCAGAAGCCUAAGGAGCAGAUAAGGAUGCAACACCGCUACAUUGACUUACGAUUUCCAGAAAUGCAACAUAUUCUAAGAUUGAGAUCUCAGAUGCUCCACAGUAUGAGACGAUUUCUUGUUGAACAGCACGGAUUUGUUGAAGUAGAGACACCUACACUGUUUUGUCAGACCCCUGGAGGAGCAAGGGAGUUUGUGGUUCCAACACAUCAUGCGGGAUUGUUUUAUUCCUUAGUACAAAGUCCGCAGCAGUUUAAACAAAUGUUGAUGUCAGGAGGCGUUGACCGGUACUUCCAAAUAGCCAGGUGCUAUAGGGACGAGACUACACGGCCGGAUAGACAACCUGAGUUCACUCAAUUAGAUAUAGAAAUGUCCUUUACUAAUCUAGAUGGAGUUUUAUCUAUGAUUGAAUCAUUGCUCGUUGACACAUUUCCAAAACUUUUACAAGAACCACCUUUUAGAAGAAUGACAUACAAAUAUGCAUUGGAAAAUUAUGGCACAGAUAAACCUAACGUUCAAUAUGACUUAAAAUUAAAAAAUAUAAAAGAUAUAUUUCCAGAAAAAGCUAAUGAUUCAGAUUUUUCUGCCUAUGCUUUACCUUACCCUGUAGCAUUAGGAAAAGUCACAACAAAAACUAAAGAACAAAUAAAGCAAAUAGCUAAGAAAUAUAAUGUCAAAGUGGUAUUGGACCAUGAUAUUCAUAAGGCAUUUAAUAAAGAAUUUGAUGGAAAACUGAAAAGUAUUAUUGGUAAUGAAAAUGCAUCCAUCAUUUCAAUAGGGGACUUAGAAAACGCCUGCAGCUGCUUAGGAGAAAUUCGACUAAUAAUUGCUUCUUUACUACAAUCUAAAAAUUUACUAAAACUCAAGAACAGUACUGAAAUAUUUUGGCUAGUGGAUUUCCCAUUAUUUACUAAAGGAAAGAAUGGUUUAGAAACAUGUCACCACCCCUUUACCUCACCACAUCCCGAGGACAUACAUCUACUGGAUUCUGAUCCAUUGAGCGUCAGAUCAUUAGCAUAUGAUUUAGUCAUGAAUGGAAAUGAAAUUGGAGGAGGUUCAGUGAGAGUCCACAAUGUGAGAUUACAAGAGAAAUUGUUGAAGAUGUUGGGAAUGGAUGCCGGGAAAUUGAGACACUUCCUGAAUGCCUUGCAAAGUGGGUGUCCCCCACACGCCGGGAUCGCUCUAGGCAUAGACAGGCUGGUGUCUAUUGUGUGUAACACGGGAUCCAUUCGUGAUGUUAUAGCCUUCCCUAAGACUCAUGAAGGAAAAGAUCCAUUGUCAGGUGCACCUAAUGCCAUUUCAGAUGAGGACAAAGAAUACUACCAUAUAGUUAGUAAAUAACAAUAAACAAAUAUU